UAUUCUGGACGUCUCGUGACGUCAGGGCGUCGCGUGGUGCACGUUACGUUCGCUAGGCAACAUGGCGGCGGUCUGACCAGUCAACACUUUCUGGUUGAUUUCGAUGUGUAUUUUUUAAAGAGGUCGACCGAUAGUGGAUUUUUCAGAAACCGAUAACCGAUUGACAGUGCUGUCUGGGUUGACUACUUCUGAAUUGUAAUCAGACCUCAGAAAGUACACUAAGAUGCCUACAAUGCUGAACCUCAGCAAUGAGGUGGUAAAAAUGAGGGCGGAGGUGAAAAGGGUGAAGGUGCUCCUUAUCCGGAAACUCAUCCGUCAGGUCUCGGUCCUGGAGAAGAAGAAAGGAAAUGAGGCAGACUUGGAGAGGCACCGCAGACGAGCAGCGAGACUUCGUGAGGAGAUCCACGAGCUGAAGGUUAUUGCACCAGACAACAUCACCAAGGCCGCUCUACAGAAGGACAUCAGCUUCGAGAAGGUGUGCCAGAAUAAAGAGGCCAGCCUGUCCGAACGAGCCAUCGCCCGCAUCGCAACACACCCACAGUUCAGCAAGAAAAUCCAGAGCAUAAAAGAAGCAAUUAAAGCCUUCAAAGAGGAAAGAAUAAAUGCGAGAAAGGCUGAGAAACUAGCAAAAAACAAUGCUGAAGAUGUCACACCUCAACAUCAGGCUCAAGAAGGCAGUGAUGAUGAUGAUAAUGAUGUUGGUUCAGAGAAAUCAGAUGAUGAUGAUGGAGAAGAGAAACUGACAGAGGAGGAGAGUGAGAAAAAUACAGAUAAACAGCAAGAUGAAGCUGAUGGUUCCUCAACGGUGAGCCAGAAGACAUGUCUGGAGACGUUAAAUGAAGAAACUAAUCAGUGCCAGAAGGAACAGAUGUCAACAACCGAGAAUUCAGCAGAAACAGUAAGUGUUCCAAAAGAGGUGGUCAGGAUGAGGAAGGAGGUGAAGAGAACGAGGGUGCUGAUCAUCAGUAAGCUGACACAGCAGGUAGCUGCUCUGAAGAAGAAAAAGAGUCCGGAAUCUGAGGUGAAGGAGAGCCAAGAGAUGGUGGCAGGAAUCCUGAAAGAAAUCCAGGUUUUAAGGAGCAUUAAACCAGAUCAAGUGACCAUGACAGCACUCCAGGAGAACACUGAGCUUGAAAAGGUUAUGCAGAACCCUCAGGCGAACCCAAUGGACAGAGCCAUAGCACGUAUAGUCACACAUUCCCGCUUUGUCAACAAACUCCAAAAGGUCAAAGAAGCUAUCGAAGAAGAAAGAGCAAAGGCUGCUGAAGCCGAACAGAAAAAAGAAGACAAACAGAUCUUGGUUCAGUCAAAUAAUGAAGACGAGGAAGAGGAGGAGAAUAAUAAUGAGGAAGAGGAAGAUGAUGAUGGCAAUGAAGAUGAGGAGGAGGAGGAGGAGGAAGAAGAAGUGGGGGAGGACAAAUUGAACAAUCCUUCCAUAGAAAUCCACAAAUCUGGCAUUGAAGAGCCAACAGAUGCAAACUCUCAGACUGUAAAGUUGUCACCAUCCAAGGUCAUCACAACACCUUCGGAAAAACCCAGAGAUCCAAAAGUUAAACCACAGAGUGCUUAUCUCACUUCUACAAUUGUUAAAAGUUCCCCUGAAAAGUCUUCAAAAGUGACCAGUAUAGAGUCUAAGCUACCAAAGAGCAUUGUAAAAUCAGACAAAGAAAAGGAGACCAUCAUCAAGUCACAAAAGAAACAGGACCUACCCGAGACCAAAAAGCCUGAGACAGAAAAGGAUGAAGAAGAGAGUGAUUUAUCGGAUGAUGAAGAGGAGAAGGAAUAUUUUGACGACAGCACGGAAGAGCGUUUCCGUAGGCAGUCAUCUCAGUCUGAAGAGAGCGAAGACGAUGACUUCUUCCUUGGCAAAGUGAGCAAAUUCAAGAAAAAGAAAAGUUGCCAAGGGAAGGUCAAGGAGAAAAAGGGUGAGCCUCAAAAACUUGACAAAUUACAGAAUACAGAGGCAGCCACCGGCAAACCUCACAAGAGAAACCUCGGCAAAUUACAGUCUGUUUUUUGCUCAACUUUGUCCAAAUCCAGCAUCUCCUCUCAGAAUGCAAAGUAUGGCUUCCGCCAUGAUGAUCCAAGACCUCCUCGUUUCCAGAACCAGAGGAAAGGUCCUGAGGGCAAGAUGAAAGCAUCUCGAAACAAAGGCCCAGACCCUGGUGUUGAUAGAAGGACAGGUCAUUUCAAACCCAUUACACAGACAUUUAAAUAUGCAGGAGAAAGGCAUGGUGGACCUUCAGGGGCAGGGAGUGGAAAGUCACAGUUUGAGCACCAUCACAAGGAGAAUCCCAGAGGCCCAUCGGGCAAAAUUUCAAAUCCACCUCAGCAGGCCCUUCAUCCCUCAUGGGAGGCCAGCAGGAAGAGAAAAGAACAGCAGGCACAAAUCACAGUAUUCCAGGGAAAAAAGAUUAAAUUUGAUGAUGAUGAUUAAGCAGGACCUUCUCAAAUUCAUAUGAUACCUUUAUGUUUUAAAACAUGUCUGUCUGUUAUAAAAAAAAAAAAUUAAAAAAAAUGUAAAUGCUUCCUGUUAUUUAACCUUUUUACUGUUAAUUAGUAUUAAAACAUGGAGUUAAAAUGCAAUUAUUAUUUUGUUUUACACAGUGAAGGACUGUUCAAAGCCAAUGAUAAUUUCCAGUUUGGUCUCAUACAUUGAUUUUAUCAGACUGCUUGUCCAUCUGUAAAGAGGGAAAAGUGUUGUAUAAAAGUGUUGUUUUUCUCCUACUUGUUACACAGUUUACUUCACACAUUUAGUUUAGUUCAGUUUGAUAGUUAAACUUUUUCAAGAUUUCACAAAUGGGACAUUUUUAUUCAAUGGGUGAUAUCAUCAUAAACAUUUGCUUGAAAUUAGGGUACAUUUGCCAUUAUUAUUUUGCAGUACAGGAGGUUGUCCUUUUAUCCCAGUUUCAAGUAAUAAAUGUAUACUCUUGUGCAAUGUACACCAUAGGUGUCAUUUGGGAAUGGGACAUGUCCCUACCACUUUUUUCCUUUGUCAAUUUUGCCCCCACUGCUUUUUGAAACAGCCUUUUUUUCUAAUGCAGAAAAAAAAAUCUGCAGUUCUUGAGCAAGAGUUUCCAUUUCGUUUGUGUGUGUAAAUUUAGCGACGAUCCAGCACUGAAGUUUAGUAUGAGUGUGACUGUUAUCAGUGGUGUUGAGAGAUAGCGGGUAGAGGUAGACCGGUAUAUCGGUUUUACCGAUUAAUCGGUGAUGAUAGGUGCUUUUAGGAACUUUCCCUUGCAUCUGGGACUUUAUUCAUAUUGGACUCUUGUAGCAUAUAUGUCUGUGUCCGUCAUGGGAAGUAAAGCCCAAGAUUUUUAUUUUUCUUUACAAUCUAUAAAUCAAUUUUUAAAACUAUUGGCUGAUUAAUGGAUUAUCUGCCUUUUCCCACCACCUGAGUUAUCGGUAUCGGCAAAAUCCACUAUCGGUCGACCUCUAAUAGCGGGUGGCGACCUUCUCUCACACAUCCAGAUGCACACUCUACUCGCUCCACACUGUUGAGCAGCUUGUGCUCCUUUCCAGAUAAAGGGGUCAUGACAUGAGGAAUCAAAUUUUCCUUGAUUUUUUAACAUACAAGAGGUCAUUAUACUAUAAAAACAUAGAACUUCCUUCUCACUGCAAAAGGAGCAUUUGUUAAAACCAAGCAGACAAAAUGCCUCAUUCUCUACUUCCUACACAUUGUGAUGUCACACUGUGAUACACAUUUGCAUUUGACGGCCUCCACAACAGCACAUCAAUAAAUGGGCUCAUUUGAGAUGAGCAAGUUAGGUGUGGAACCAAUCACCGGUGAUCACCGGCAGGUGAUUGCCAAUUUGAAAUCUGUCCGACUUGCUGUGAUGUCAUGGCGACAUGUGUCAAAAAUACUCUUGCAAGAGCCAGCUGGCGCAUUUGCUUUUUCCUUGCUGGGCAAACUGCAAGCAUGAUGGGAAACAACACAGCUAUUAUAAUGCUCAUUAGCUUAAACAACAGUGAUGUUUAUUCACAAUUCUAAAAAAAUAUAUAUUUUUUAACUCUCAUAUAAUGUUUUUAUGUGAAUAAAUUCU